GGCGGGGGCGGAGUCACGUGCCGCUCGCCGCCGGGCGGAGGGCCCGGGCUGGGAGCCGCGGAGAGAGGUGGGCUCCCCCGCCCACAAGGUCACCUGUGAGCGGUUGGGGGCGGGCCGAGUCCGCGUGCUGGCAGAAUGUCCCUGGCUGCUUAUUGUGUCAUCUGUUGCAGAAGAAUAGGAACCUCUACUCGCCUGCCCAGAAGUGACACUUACUGGAGAGAUAUCAGAAAUAUAAUAAAGUUUACUGGAUCCCUUAUUUUAGGAGGUUCCUUAUUUCUUACAUAUGAAGUUCUGGCCCUGAAGAAGUCUUUGACAUUAGAUACACAAGUGGUGGAAAGAGAAAAAAUGAAGUCCUAUAUAUAUGUGCACACAUUUUCAUUAGAUGAAAGAGAAAAUCAUGGGAUUGCCUGCCAGGCAAGAAAAGAGCUUCACAAAGCAGUCAGAAAAGUAUUGGCAACAUCAGCCAAGGUGUUACGGAAUCCCUUUGCUGACCCUUUUAGUACAGUUGACAUAGAAGACCAUGAGUGUGCUGUGUGGCUGCUCCUGAGGAAGAGCAAGUCGAAUGACAUUGUCGCGCGCCUGGAGGCUGUGCAGGAGAUGUCGGAGGCCCAUCACUGGCGUGAUUACCAGUAUAGGAUAAUUGCUCAGGCCUGUGACUCAAGAACUCUUAUUGGUUUGGCACGAAGCAAAGAGAGUGAUCUCCGCUUUUUUCUACCACCUCCUCCUUUGCCAUGUUUAAAAGAAGAUUCUUCCACUGAGGAAGAACUUAGACAGUUGCUGGCUUCUUUACCACAAACAGAGCUAGAUGAGUGUAUCCAGUAUUUUACGUCUUUGGCUCUUAGCGAAAGCAGUCAGAGUCUAGCUGCCCAGAAGGGUGGUUUAUGGUGUUUUGGAGGAAAUGGACUUCCUUAUGCUGAAAGUUUUGGAGAAGUUCCUUCGGCUACAGUGGAAAUGUUCUGUUUAGAAGCUAUAGUAAAGCAUUCUGAGAUACCCACACAUUGUGAUAAAAUCGAAGCAAAUGGAGGCUUGCAACUGCUGCAGAGGCUGUACCAACUUCACAAGAACUGUCCUAAAGUACAGAGGAAUAUAAUGCGCAUCAUUGGGAACAUGGCUUUGAAUGAACAUCUUCAUUCUACUAUAGUUCGCUCAGGCUGGGUUUCCAUCAUGGCAGAAGCAGUGAAAUCUCACCACAUUAUGGAGGCUUCACAUGCUGCCAGAGUCCUGGCCAAUCUAGACCGAGAAACUGUACAAGAAAAAUACCAGGACGGCGUGUAUGUGCUGCAUCCCCAGUAUCGAACGAGUCAGCCCAUUAAAGCAGAUGUCCUUUUUAUUCAUGGCCUUAUGGGAGCAGCAUUCAAAACAUGGCGCCAACAGGACAGCGAGCAGGCUAACAUCGAAAAAGCUUUAGAAGAUGAAGAUAAGUAUACGACAUGUUGGCCCAAGACGUGGUUAGCAAAAGACUGCCCUGCUCUCCGAAUUAUAUCUGUGGAAUAUGACACCAACCUCAGUGACUGGAGAGCAAGGUGCCCUAUGGAAAGAAAGUCCAUUGCAUUCAGGAGUGAUGAACUUCUUAGGAAGCUCAGAGCUGCUGGUGUAGGGGAUCGGCCAAUGAUUUGGAUCUCACACAGCAUGGGAGGUCUUCUUGUCAAAAAGAUGCUGUUGGAAGCCUCUAAGAAGCCAGAAAUGAGCACUGUUAUCAACAACACCAGAGGAAUAAUUUUUUACAGUGUCCCUCAUCAUGGAUCACGUCUGGCUGAAUACUCUGUUCAUAUUCGCUAUCUUCUCUUUCCGUCUUUGGAAGUCAAAGAACUCAGCAAGGAUUCUCCUGCACUUAAAGCACUACAGGAUGACUUUCUGGAAUUUGCAAAAGACAAAAACUUCCAGGUGCUGAAUUUUGUAGAAACGCUGCCAACCUACAUUGGUAGCAUGAUUAAACUCCAUGUGGUGCCCGUGGAAUCAGCAGAUUUAGGCAUUGGAGAUCUAAUUCCUGUGGACGUUAACCAUUUGAACAUUUGUAAGCCAAAGAAAAAGGAUGCUUUUUUGUACCAACGUACUUUACAGUUCAUCUGUGAAACUUUAGCCAAAGAUCUUGAAAACUAACAGUUGUCUUCUUCCGUUUUUCAUAUGUAAAUUCAAUGCAAGAAA